AUGAUGCCGUUGUUUCGACCACCCCCUAGGCAGAGCCAACCCUUCGUCAGAACGAUCUCGACAGAACGCCAUCCCACUAGUCACAGGCUCAAAUCUCAGCCCCCCCCGCAGGUCCCAGUAACAUGGAGGCCCUACAACGUUGCCCUGGUAGGCCUGGGAUACCGGGGUUACAGAAGCCAUUUCCUCAGCCUCCUGGGUAACCCGCGCAUUUCAAUUACUGGCGUUUGUGAUAUCAACCGCGCGGCACUGGAGGCUUUCUCUACCAAACAUCAAGGCAUUCCUACCUACCACUCCCUACCACAGCUCCUGCAGAGCCACAAUCUGGACUUCGCCAUUGUAUCGAUACCACAUGGCGCCUACAUGGAAUGCAUCACUGCCAUAGCAGCAAAGGGUGUCUCCAUCCUAAAAGAGAAGCCUAUUGUGGAGUCGGUGGCAGAGUAUGAGUGGAUGAGCAAUCUGCCAGUAAAGAUUGGAGUCACCCUUCAAAAGCGUUUCGAGCCACUCUUGUUGCAAUUCAGGAGUCUACUACCACUUGUCGGGGACGUUGCCGCAGUCGAGGCACAUCUCACCUUGAAUAUCGUGAAUCUGGAAGAAACGUGGCGUGCAAGCUCCGGGGUCGGAGUCACGGAAGACCUUGGAUGCCACAUGCUCGACCUCCUUGUGUGGCUAUUCGGACCCCCAACCUCAGUGAUGGCGCACCAGGUCUUCUCCGUGCGACCUUCCCAAAGAUACGGUGGGGACGAUGUCUCCGAUAUUAUGAUGAACUGGGGGCACAAGAACUGUAUAGGGCAUGUACGCUUAUCACGGGUCGCCCAUACGCCUGCUCAAUUUAUCAGCGUAACCGGGACCAACGGUACCCUUAGUCUUGAUGGACACCAGGUCACGCACCAUGAUACCCAAGGUCGCCAGACACUGAACGUCGAGCAUCAACCGACCGAGAAGCAGGUAAUUAGGUCCAUGGUUCAAGAAUUUGGUGACUGGGUUACUGGCCGUCGACCUAAUUUUUCGGCCUCCCUGGCAAAUGUACAGCAUACGGUUUCCGUUGUCGACGCUAUCAAAAAUUCUCUUACAAGUCACCAAAUCCAACAUCCACUUUUAUUAUCGUCGACUAGGGUUUUGGGUGCUGCCAGCAACCGGCUCAUGCCAAAUGCAUCCACAAACCGAGUAUCAGCCGCCACUUUCUCCACCUCGUCUUUUCUCAAGAACAGGAACAGAGCCUUCGGCCUCAAUACAGGAGCCUCAAUUCCCGCCGUUGGCCUAGGCACUCGCAGAGCCGAGCGACCCGGACAGGUUUACGAGGCUGUAUGUGCGGCAUUAGGAGCCGGGUAUCGCCAUAUUGAUAUGGCACAGUCUUCAGGGAACGAGCGUGAGAUUGGACAAGCUAUCAGGGACUCUGGGGUUUCGCGAAACCGGAUUUGGAUCACUACCAAGCUGGAUAAUAGAUGGCAUACUCGCGUUGAUGAAGCACUGGAACUGUCUCUCAGUGCUUUAGGCAUGGAUUAUGUUGACCUCUAUCUCAUGCAUUGGCCCGUAUCCACGAACCCCAAUGAUCCUGCUACUCGGCUGACCAAUUGGGAUUUUGUCAACACAUGGGAGGAAAUGCAAAAGUUGCAGCCGCACAAAGUACCGAAUAUCGGGGUUUCGAACUUUGGUAUCACCGAUCUCCAGCGACUUCUGAGCAACCCGUCUUGCAAAGUGGUCCCCGCAGUCAAUCAAAUCGAGCUCCACCCUUACUGGCCGUCUCGAAGGCUUCUCACGUACUGCAACAACCUUGGUAUCCACUGCACCGCGUAUUCCUGUCUGGGGUCCACUGACUCCCUGCUAUUCAGAGACCCAACAGUGCUUGAGAUUUCCCAGAAAAAGCAGAAGUCACCCUCACAGAUUUUGUACGCAUGCUCCCUCUCCAGUUUACCAUCCCUUCUCAUCUCCAUUUACUCCGUACUCUAA